AUUAUUUUAGGCCGCACAGCCCCCAUCUCCGUCCCUCUCCCCUCACCCCCUCGGGAUAUCCGCCCGCCAGCGCUCCACUCUCCCCCCGUCUCCGGCACCGUGCGCGCCGCCGCCGCCGCUAAGAUCCAGCCCCUCGUCCGCUCCGCCACGCGCCAGCGCCCAGCACGCGUCGGCCCGUCCGCCCCCGCCGCCCCCGCCCGAGGUUUCAAAACCCGGGGUUUACACACCUUUGAUGGCACUGUCUCUUUGAAGAACACUGCAUCUGCGCUGUUUGUCCAAAGGGAGGACGAUGGGAUCCACACAUUUGCCCAUUGUCGGCCUUAAUGCCUCGACAACACCAUCGCUAUCCACUAUUCGCCCGGUAAAUUCAGCCGGUGCUGCAUUCCAACCAUCUGCCCCUUCUAGAACCUCCAAGAAGAAAAGUCGUCGUGUUCAGUCAUUAAGGGAUGGAGGCGAUGGAGGCGUGUCAGACCCUAACCAGUCUAUUCGCCAAGGUCUUGCCGGCAUCAUUGACCUCCCAAAGGAGGGCACAUCAGCUCCGGAAGUGGAUAUUUCACAUGGGUCCGAAGAACCCAGGGGCUCCUACCAAAUGAAUGGGAUACUGAAUGAAGCACAUAAUGGGAGGCAUGCUUCGCUGUCUAAGGUUGUCGAAUUUUGUAUGGCAUUGGGCGGCAAAACACCAAUUCACAGUGUAUUAGUUGCGAACAAUGGAAUGGCAGCAGCUAAGUUCAUGCGGAGUGUCCGAACAUGGGCUAAUGAAACAUUUGGGUCAGAGAAGGCAAUUCAGUUGAUAGCUAUGGCUACUCCAGAAGACAUGAGGAUAAAUGCAGAGCACAUUAGAAUUGCUGAUCAAUUUGUUGAAGUACCCGGUGGAACAAACAAUAACAACUAUGCAAAUGUCCAACUCAUAGUGGAGAUAGCAGUGAGAACCGGUGUUUCUGCUGUUUGGCCUGGUUGGGGCCAUGCAUCUGAGAAUCCUGAACUUCCAGAUGCACUAAAUGCAAACGGAAUUGUUUUUCUUGGGCCACCAUCAUCAUCAAUGAACGCACUAGGUGACAAGGUUGGUUCAGCUCUCAUUGCUCAAGCAGCAGGGGUUCCGACUCUUCCUUGGAGUGGAUCACAGGUGGAAAUUCCAUUAGAAGUUUGUUUGGACUCGAUACCUGCGGAGAUGUAUAGGAAAGCUUGUGUUAGUACUACGGAGGAAGCACUUGCGAGUUGUCAGAUGAUUGGGUAUCCAGCCAUGAUUAAAGCAUCAUGGGGUGGUGGUGGUAAAGGGAUCCGAAAGGUUAAUAACGACGAUGAUGUCAGAGCACUGUUUAAGCAAGUGCAAGGUGAAGUUCCUGGCUCCCCAAUAUUUAUCAUGAGACUUGCAUCUCAGAGUCGACAUCUUGAAGUUCAGUUGCUUUGUGAUCAAUAUGGCAAUGUAGCUGCGCUUCACAGUCGUGACUGCAGUGUGCAACGGCGACACCAAAAGAUUAUUGAGGAAGGACCAGUUACUGUUGCUCCUCGCGAGACAGUGAAAGAGCUAGAGCAAGCAGCAAGGAGGCUUGCUAAGGCUGUGGGUUAUGUUGGUGCUGCUACUGUUGAAUAUCUCUACAGCAUGGAGACUGGUGAAUACUAUUUUCUGGAACUUAAUCCACGGUUGCAGGUUGAGCAUCCAGUCACCGAGUGGAUAGCUGAAGUAAACUUGCCUGCAGCUCAAGUUGCAGUUGGAAUGGGUAUACCCCUUUGGCAGGUUCCAGAGAUCAGACGUUUCUAUGGAAUGGACAAUGGAGGAGGCUAUGACAUUUGGAGGAAAACAGCAGCUCUUGCUACCCCAUUUAACUUUGAUGAAGUGGAUUCUCAAUGGCCAAAGGGUCAUUGUGUAGCAGUUAGGAUAACCAGUGAGGAUCCAGAUGACGGAUUCAAGCCUACCGGUGGAAAAGUAAAGGAGAUCAGUUUUAAAAGCAAGCCAAAUGUUUGGGCCUAUUUCUCUGUUAAGUCCGGUGGAGGCAUUCAUGAAUUUGCUGAUUCUCAGUUUGGACAUGUUUUUGCAUAUGGAGUGUCUAGAGCAGCAGCAAUAACCAACAUGUCUCUUGCGCUAAAAGAGAUUCAAAUUCGUGGAGAAAUUCAUUCAAAUGUUGAUUACACAGUUGAUCUCUUGAAUGCCUCAGACUUCAAAGAAAACAGGAUUCAUACUGGCUGGCUGGAUAACAGAAUAGCAAUGCGAGUCCAAGCUGAGAGACCUCCGUGGUAUAUUUCAGUGGUUGGAGGAGCUCUAUAUAAAACAAUAACGAGCAACACAGACACUGUUUCUGAAUAUGUUAGCUAUCUCGUCAAGGGUCAGAUUCCACCGAAGCAUAUAUCCCUUGUCCAUUCAACUGUUUCUUUGAAUAUAGAGGAAAGCAAAUAUACAAUUGAAACUAUAAGGAGCGGACAGGGUAGCUACAGAUUGCGAAUGAAUGGAUCAGUUAUUGAAGCAAAUGUCCAAACAUUAUGUGAUGGUGGACUUUUAAUGCAGUUGGAUGGAAACAGCCAUGUAAUUUAUGCUGAAGAAGAGGCCGGUGGUACACGGCUUCUAAUUGAUGGAAAGACAUGCUUGUUACAGAAUGAUCACGAUCCUUCAAGGUUAUUAGCUGAGACACCCUGCAAACUUCUUCGUUUCUUGGUUGCCGAUGGUGCUCAUGUUGAAGCUGAUGUACCAUAUGCGGAAGUUGAGGUUAUGAAGAUGUGCAUGCCCCUCUUGUCACCUGCUGCUGGUGUCAUUAAUGUUUUGUUGUCUGAGGGCCAGCCUAUGCAGGCUGGUGAUCUUAUAGCAAGACUUGAUCUUGAUGACCCUUCUGCUGUGAAGAGAGCUGAGCCAUUUAACGGAUCUUUCCCAGAAAUGAGCCUUCCUAUUGCUGCUUCUGGCCAAGUUCACAAAAGAUGUGCCACAAGCUUGAAUGCUGCUCGGAUGGUCCUUGCAGGAUAUGAUCACCCGAUCAACAAAGUUGUACAAGAUCUGGUAUCCUGUCUAGAUGCUCCUGAGCUUCCUUUCCUACAAUGGGAAGAGCUUAUGUCUGUUUUAGCAACUAGACUUCCAAGGCUUCUUAAGAGCGAGUUGGAGGGUAAAUACAGUGAAUAUAAGUUAAAUGUUGGCCAUGGGAAGAGCAAGGAUUUCCCUUCCAAGAUGCUAAGAGAGAUAAUCGAGGAAAAUCUUGCACAUGGUUCUGAGAAGGAAAUUGCUACAAAUGAGAGGCUUGUUGAGCCUCUUAUGAGCCUACUGAAGUCAUAUGAGGGUGGCAGAGAAAGCCAUGCACACUUUAUUGUGAAGUCCCUUUUCGAGGACUAUCUCUCGGUUGAGGAACUAUUCAGUGAUGGCAUUCAGUCUGAUGUGAUUGAACGCCUGCGCCAACAACAUAGUAAAGAUCUCCAGAAGGUUGUAGACAUUGUGUUGUCUCACCAGGGUGUGAGAAACAAAACUAAGCUGAUACUAACACUCAUGGAGAAACUGGUCUAUCCAAACCCUGCUGCCUACAAGGAUCAGUUGACUCGCUUUUCCUCCCUCAAUCACAAAAGAUAUUAUAAGUUGGCCCUUAAAGCUAGCGAGCUUCUUGAACAAACCAAGCUUAGUGAGCUCCGCACAAGCAUUGCAAGGAGCCUUUCAGAACUUGAGAUGUUUACUGAAGAAAGGACGGCCAUUAGUGAGAUCAUGGGAGAUUUAGUGACUGCCCCACUGCCAGUUGAAGAUGCACUGGUUUCUUUGUUUGAUUGUAGUGAUCAAACUCUUCAGCAGAGGGUGAUCGAGACGUACAUAUCUCGAUUAUACCAGCCUCAUCUUGUCAAGGAUAGUAUCCAGCUGAAAUAUCAGGAAUCUGGUGUUAUUGCUUUAUGGGAAUUCGCUGAAGCGCAUUCAGAGAAGAGAUUGGGUGCUAUGGUUAUUGUGAAGUCGUUAGAAUCUGUAUCAGCAGCAAUUGGAGCUGCACUAAAGGGUACAUCACGCUAUGCAAGCUCUGAGGGUAACAUAAUGCAUAUUGCUUUAUUGGGUGCUGAUAAUCAAAUGCAUGGAACUGAAGACAGUGGUGAUAACGAUCAAGCUCAAGUCAGGAUAGACAAACUUUCUGCGACACUGGAACAAAAUACUGUCACAGCUGAUCUCCGUGCUGCUGGUGUGAAGGUUAUUAGUUGCAUUGUUCAAAGGGAUGGAGCACUCAUGCCUAUGCGCCAUACCUUCCUCUUGUCGGAUGAAAAGCUUUGUUAUGAGGAAGAGCCGGUUCUCCGGCAUGUGGAGCCUCCUCUUUCUGCUCUUCUUGAGUUGGGUAAGUUGAAAGUGAAAGGAUACAAUGAGGUGAAGUAUACACCGUCACGUGAUCGUCAGUGGAACAUAUACACACUUAGAAAUACAGAGAACCCCAAAAUGUUGCACAGGGUGUUUUUCCGAACUCUUGUCAGGCAACCCGGUGCUUCCAACAAAUUCACAUCAGGCAACAUCAGUGAUGUUGAAGUGGGAGGAGCUGAGGAAUCUCUUUCAUUUACAUCGAGCAGCAUAUUAAGAUCGCUGAUGACUGCUAUAGAAGAGUUGGAGCUUCACGCGAUUAGGACAGGUCACUCUCAUAUGUUUUUGUGCAUAUUGAAAGAGCAAAAGCUUCUUGAUCUUGUUCCCGUUUCAGGGAACAAAGUUGUGGAUAUUGGCCAAGAUGAAGCUACUGCAUGCUUGCUUCUGAAAGAAAUGGCUCUACAGAUACAUGAACUUGUGGGUGCAAGGAUGCAUCAUCUUUCUGUAUGCCAAUGGGAGGUGAAACUUAAGUUGGACAGCGAUGGGCCUGCCAGUGGUACCUGGAGAGUUGUAACAACCAAUGUUACUAGUCACACCUGCACUGUGGAUAUCUACCGUGAGGUCGAAGAUACAGAAUCACAGAAACUAGUGUACCACUCUGCUCCAUCGUCAUCUGGUCCUUUGCAUGGCGUUGCACUGAAUACUCCAUAUCAGCCUUUGAGUGUUAUUGAUCUGAAACGUUGCUCCGCUAGAAAUAACAGAACUACAUACUGCUAUGAUUUUCCGUUGGCAUUUGAAACUGCAGUGCAGAAGUCAUGGUCUAACAUUUCUAGUGACACUAACCGAUGUUAUGUUAAAGCGACGGAGCUGGUGUUUGCUCACAAGAACGGGUCAUGGGGCACUCCUGUAAUUCCUAUGGAGCGUCCUGCUGGGCUCAAUGACAUUGGUAUGGUAGCUUGGAUCUUGGACAUGUCCACUCCUGAAUAUCCCAAUGGCAGGCAGAUUGUUGUCAUCGCAAAUGAUAUUACUUUUAGAGCUGGAUCGUUUGGUCCAAGGGAAGAUGCAUUUUUUGAAACUGUUACCAACCUAGCUUGUGAGAGGAAGCUUCCUCUCAUCUACUUGGCAGCAAACUCUGGUGCUCGGAUCGGCAUAGCAGAUGAAGUAAAAUCUUGCUUCCGUGUUGGAUGGUCUGAUGAUGGCAGCCCUGAACGUGGGUUUCAAUAUAUUUAUCUGACUGAAGAAGACCAUGCUCGUAUUAGCGCUUCUGUUAUAGCGCACAAGAUGCAGCUUGAUAAUGGUGAAAUUAGGUGGGUUAUUGAUUCUGUUGUAGGGAAGGAGGAUGGGCUAGGUGUGGAGAACAUACAUGGAAGUGCUGCUAUUGCCAGUGCCUAUUCUAGGGCCUAUGAGGAGACAUUUACGCUUACAUUUGUGACUGGAAGGACUGUUGGAAUAGGAGCAUAUCUUGCUCGACUUGGCAUACGGUGCAUUCAGCGUACUGACCAGCCCAUUAUCCUAACUGGGUUUUCUGCCUUGAACAAGCUUCUUGGCCGGGAAGUGUACAGCUCCCACAUGCAGUUGGGUGGCCCCAAAAUUAUGGCCACAAACGGUGUUGUCCAUCUGACAGUUUCAGAUGACCUUGAAGGUGUAUCUAAUAUAUUGAGGUGGCUCAGCUAUGUUCCUGCCAACAUUGGUGGACCUCUUCCUAUUACAAAAUCUUUGGACCCACCUGACAGACCCGUUGCUUACAUCCCUGAGAAUACAUGUGAUCCUCGUGCAGCCAUCAGUGGCAUUGAUGAUAGCCAAGGGAAAUGGUUGGGGGGCAUGUUCGACAAAGACAGUUUUGUGGAGACAUUUGAAGGAUGGGCGAAGUCAGUAGUUACUGGCAGAGCGAAACUCGGAGGGAUUCCGGUGGGUGUUAUAGCUGUGGAGACACAGACUAUGAUGCAGCUCAUCCCUGCUGAUCCAGGUCAGCUUGAUUCCCAUGAGCGGUCUGUUCCUCGUGCUGGGCAAGUCUGGUUUCCAGAUUCAGCUACUAAGACAGCGCAGGCAAUGCUGGACUUCAACCGUGAAGGAUUACCUCUGUUCAUCCUUGCUAACUGGAGAGGCUUCUCUGGUGGGCAAAGAGAUCUUUUUGAAGGAAUCCUUCAGGCUGGGUCAACAAUUGUUGAGAACCUUAGGACAUACAAUCAGCCUGCCUUUGUAUAUAUCCCCAAGGCUGCAGAGCUACGUGGAGGGGCUUGGGUCGUGAUUGAUAGCAAGAUAAAUCCAGAUCGCAUUGAGUUCUAUGCUGAGAGGACUGCAAAGGGCAAUGUUCUUGAACCUCAAGGGUUGAUUGAGAUCAAGUUCAGGUCAGAGGAACUCCAAGAGUGCAUGGGCAGGCUUGACCCAGAAUUGAUAAAUUUGAAGGCAAAACUCCUGGGAGCAAAGCAUGAAAAUGGAAGUCUAUCUGAGUCAGAAUCCCUUCAGAAGAGCAUAGAAGCCCGGAAGAAACAGUUGUUGCCUUUGUAUACUCAAAUUGCGGUACGGUUCGCUGAAUUGCAUGACACUUCCCUUAGAAUGGCUGCUAAGGGUGUGAUUAAGAAGGUUGUAGACUGGGAAGAUUCUAGGUCUUUCUUCUACAAGAGAUUACGGAGGAGGAUAUCCGAGGAUGUUCUUGCAAAGGAAAUUAGAGGUGUAAGUGGCAAGCAGUUUUCUCACCAAUCGGCAAUCGAGCUGAUCCAGAAAUGGUACUUGGCCUCUAAGGGAGCUGAAACAGGAAACACUGAAUGGGAUGAUGACGAUGCUUUUGUUGCCUGGAGGGAAAACCCUGAAAACUACCAGGAGUAUAUCAAAGAACUCAGGGCUCAAAGGGUAUCUCAGUUGCUCUCAGAUGUUGCAGACUCCAGUCCAGAUCUAGAAGCCUUGCCACAGGGUCUUUCUAUGCUACUAGAGAAGAUGGAUCCCUCAAGGAGAGCACAGUUUGUUGAGGAAGUCAAGAAGGUCCUUAAAUGAUCAGAUGAUACCAACGCAUCCAAUUCAGAAUGUGCAUGAUAUCGGUUUCUCUUGAAGUACAUAUAUAGAAGGAUACUAUUCGGCUGUAACCGACCAUAGCUGAUCUGAGUCAACCAUUAUUUUGUAAAACUUUUUCGUGGUCUUCUCUGUUAUUGGAGGCAACUGUUAUUCGAGGCAGAACUUGCUUUCGGACGCCUCCGAAUGGUUGAUGAGUGUAGUUGGAUGUGUUAGUUCCGCUUCCAGAAGGUUUGAGAUGAAUGCCGGUGGUGCGUGGGGGCUGCCGUUGGCAAGAACACUGGCGAUCUAGAGUUGUUGUUCUGUGGUGUUCCGGUUUCUCCAGUAUGGCGAUUGUGUUUCGCUGUAGUCCUGUGAUGUACUAUCGGUUGGUGAUGUAAUUCUAGUCUUGUAGACUGUUUGAGUACGAGUGAGUCGUCCAUUCAAUUUUGAACUUGAAUAAAUGUGCUCUCUAGGCUUAUGUGUAUUACUACGUGGAAAUAAAUGAUUGUUGAGUUA